CAUUUGGACUGGUGUACACAUCAGGGUUUGGUAUCACUGCUGGAGCUCACAGACUAUGGUCACACCGGGCUUACAAGGCAACUUGGCCCCUCCGUCUGAUCCUAGUUUUUCUAUUUACCAUCGCUGGCCAGAGGCAUGUGUACGCAUGGGCACUGGACCACAGGAUACACCACAAGUUUAGUGAGACCGACUCCGAUCCCCAUGAUGCACGUCGGGGUUUCUGGUUCUCCCAUGUUGGCUGGCUGGUGCUCACUCCUCAUCCUGCCGUAGAGGCACGGCGGAGUGCCGUCGACAUGUCAGAUCUCGACAGUGAUCCUAUCGUUGUCUGGCAGCGGAGGUUAUACAUCCCACUGUUUGCCAUUCUAUGCAUUGGUCUGCCAGUCCUCACCCCAUGGUACUACUGGAACGAGGAUCUGUGGAUUUCAUUCUUUGUCAACUUCAACUUCCGCUUCUCUUUCACACUUAAUAUGGCUUUUGCUGUAAACAGUUUCGCCCACAUGUAUGGUGCUCGACCAUAUGACAAAAACAUCAGCCCAGUAGAGAAUCUGGCUGUGAGCCUAGGGGCUCUGGGGGAGGGUUGGCACAAUUACCAUCACGUCUUCCCCUGGGACUACAAGACAUCAGAGCUUGGGCAGUACGGGUUCAACUGGACGACAGCUUUCAUCGACACCUUUGCACGUCUCGGCUGGGCUUACGAUUGCAAGACGGUGAGCGAAGGUAUGGUGCGGCGGCGUGCACAAAGGAGCGGAGAUGGCAGUGUGUGGGGCUACGGCGACCGCGACAUGGAUGCAGCGGACCAUUGCGAAUUGGAAACUCACCGGUAGUUGGCCAACUAGAAUGUAUCGGAGAAUCGAAUAGAAAAACAGCUUCAAAUUAGUAUUAUUAGCCCUUUGAGUCCUUUGAUUUGUUAUUUUGUCAGCAUUAGUAAAUUUUAAUUAAUCACAGUAAUAGUCAUUAAAGAGUUCACGUCUUUCUACUAAAACUUUUUUAAAAAGAUGUUAAAAAAUUAUUAUUAUAAAUUUUAAUCGUCCACUGCAGAAAACUUCUACAGUAAUUAGAUAUGUGAUGAAAAGUUUUACAUUAGUAACAGUAUUAAAUGAAUUACUCUACCCUAUUACUUAUAGUUGAAUUACAGUAAAUUGGCUGCAUCCAUAUAUGGAAAUUUGGGUUUAGAAUGGAUUUGAGAAUGUAUUUGGAUAUGUACAUUUAUUCACUAUUCUAUUCUAGUAGUCAUACAUAGCUUAAUCCUUUGGAGAUAGCUUUGAACACAAAAAGGGAUCCAAAAACCAUUUUAAUGGGAUUUGCAGAAUUUCAAGGAAAUUACUAUAUUUGAAGUACUACAGUACAAU